AUGUGGAGAGCGGCGGUCGCCGCCAAGGCCCCCGCGCGGGCGCUGUGCCGCGCCCCGGCGCGCGGGGCGGUCAGCGUGGCCGUGACCCCCCCAGCCGGGCUGGCGGACGAGCGGGUGGACACGCGGGUGGCGGGGCUGGGCCCGGGGCAGCCGGUGACGCUGCGGGCGGUGGUGUCCGACGAGCGGGGCUGCCUCUUCCAGUCGUGCGCGCACUACCGGGCGGACGGCCGCGGCGAGCUGCACCUGGGCACGGACGCCUCGCACGGCGGGGACUACACCGGCGUGGAGCCCAUGGGGCUCUUCUGGAGCCUGGCGCCCGCGGGCAUGGAGAGGCCGUACCAGCGGCUCGUUCCCCGCAGCACCGGCACCCCGAUGAAGGUGGAGAUGUUGGUUCACCGGGGUCACAGCCGGCCCGGCGCCAUCCACGGGCCGGUGAUGGCCAAGGCCGAGGUGGAGAGGUGGUUCACGGCCCCCGGCGUCAGGAGGAUCCGGCUGAAGGAGGGCGGCGUGAGGGGCUCCCUCUUCCUGCCGCCGGGGGAUGGCCCCUUUCCAGGAGUGAUUGACAUGUAUGGUGAUGAAGGAGGUUUGAUUGAAUUUAGAUCCAGUCUCCUGGCUACCCGUGGUUUUGCUGCUCUUUCUCUGCCAUAUUUUGACUUUGAAGAUCUGCCUAAGGUCAUGAAAGAAUUUAAACUUGAGUACUUUGAGGAGGCAGCUAGAUUUCUACAGCGUCACCCAAAGGUGAAGGGGCCAGGAGUUGGAGUGAUUGGGACUGGGAAAGGUGCAGAAUUAGCACUCUCCAUGAUCACCUUCCUACCAGAAGUAGUGGCUGCUGUCUGUAUCUCCGGCUGCAGUUCGAACACAGUUGCAGACCUCCAUUAUGGUGAGAUAACUCUGCCUGGGCUGCGUUUUGAUAUGAAUAAGGUCAGCGUUUCUGACACUGGUGUAUUUGACACUUUUGAAGCUCUGGAUGACCCAGCAAAUCCUGCCAAUUCCUCUUGCACAAUCCCCAUAGAAAAAGCAGAAGGUCACUUUCUCUUAGUAGUAGGGGAAGCUGAUCGUAUGUGGAAGAGUUCCUUAUACGCUGAGCUAGCAAUUGGGCGCCUACGCCAGCAUGGGAAAGAAAACUUUGAACUACUGAGUUAUCCAGGAGCAGGCCACCGAAUCGAUCCUCCUUCUACUCCGUUUUGUCAGGUAGCUCUGGAUCGUGUUCUGGGGGUGCCUGUUUUGGGGGGUGGAGAGAGCAAAGCGCACGCCUAUGCCCAGGAACACUCCUGGGGAAAGAUUCAGGAGUUUCUGCACUUGCAUCUGGGAUGAACACUUCAGCACCUGUAAGUUGUUGCUGCUGAGCUUGAGCUGCCAAAAUGAUUGGAGAAUUGGAGGUGUUGACUGAGAAAAGGUCUGAAAUAUGAAAUAGCCAAAUGACAGUUACAUAUAUAAAUCAAGACAGAAAGGGAUUGAUUUGCACUAGCCCAAGUUAUUUUAAGUAGGUAUGCAGAAGAGAAAUGAAGCGAUAAUAAGUAGUCUGCACUGUAGUACAAAUUUGAGUCUGAACUGGUCAUGCUAUCAAGAAACAAGUGUCUGAAGAAAGCACUUUCUGAUAGGUGCUUUCUUGCAAUUUAUGAAUCAAAGAACUUCACUGCCAGCCCGUACCCUUAGAAAUGAGAGAUUGUUUUUCACCUGGGAGAACAUUGGCAACCUGUGGGCCAUGAACUUUGAUAUCAAAAUGAUGAAUGAUUCUGGCUUUGAGUCUUAGGUUGUCUUAGCCUAGAACUUUCUGAUUUAUAGCCAUACACUUUGGUACUUUGGAUGUGUUUUCUACUUGCACAAAGCUGGGGAUCUUUAUUUGUAAUAAGUUUCUUAUACAUUGGCCUGAAACGGAAGUGGUCUUCUGUUGGAAACAAUCUUGCCUCUUUCCAACAACAGCUAUGCUUAAACUGAGAAAGUGAAGAGUACUUCCAUCUAUGGAGGAAGGCAGCACCAGUGGUGUCCUGUAUUGGGGAUGUAACCAUCUGUUCCUAUAAUGCCUUGGGUGGGCAGCUGACUCUUGGGAGCAUCGAAAUUCUGUAGCGUAGGACAGUUAAAUGCAGUUAUACCAUCUGCAAAUCUUACUUCUCUCAUUACUUGUUUUAAAUUAUUAACACUUGCUGUUAAGCUAGAGUUUAAUUACAUGUGGAACUCUCUGUUAAUGAUGUCAAGAGGUGCUGACAGCUGUUACUAGGAAGGAAGGUGAGAGACAGAAGAGCUGGCAAGUAGAAGACUGUAAGACAGGUUGUAAAAAGCUGUCCUCUUGCAGUAAUGAUCACAAUAUAAAAUAAUACUAAAGAAAAGGGUAAUCUAGGAUUUUCUGACCCAGGCUGCCUGAGAUUGUUUUUCAUCCUAAUUAAUCCUAGUACCUAAUUGUUCUCUACCAUUUAGGUAAAAAGAAACAAUUUCUUCCCAAAUGACUCUUGUCUGUUACGAGGGUCUUGCCAAUGCUGAAGGCCUAUUUGAUAAGGGCUUCUACUGAUACAAUUCUCCUUCCAAGUCAGACCUGUUUCAGAGCUGCCCAAAAGGAAACAAAACCGUCAUAAACGAUAGUGAAUUUUGCUCUGCUCUCAGGGAUCUUUUCUCUCCAGUUGACUAUCAUUAUGGUCAGGCCUGAUUAGCUUUCUGCAACUCAUAUUACUCCUUAUCAUUUGAGUGAAGUCACUUGUUCUCCACACACCAUCACUGCCAGUUAUUUAUCCAUACACUCCUUACAAGAUAAACUUCAUCCACUUAACUCCAGGGAAGAUGUCCUCGCACCCCACCUUCCUCAACUCUCUGGCUGAAGAGCCUUUGCAGAGUCUUAUCUGAUGCUCGGACCUCCACUCAUCCUGGCUGCCCCAGGAGUCCCACAGCACACCCUGAUGUGCACCCUGAGGCGCUGCUCAUCCUUACUGCCCUUCCUUUCUUCCAAGUUGCAGCUAUUGAGAAAAGGGUUGCGGAUAGGUUUCUUGUUCUGUCUGUCCUUGCCACAUGUAUCUUCAGCAGCUGGAGCUCCCGGUAUAAAUGCCCUCCCUUAACACUUGUGACCCGCUCAGGAUUGAUACCUGUCUCCAUACUGCAGUCUGAGCACAGUACAGCAGUUGCUGUGCGGCACUGCAAGCUGGAGACUCAGAAACGAAAUGGACAAAAAUAAACCCAAACCAUAACAGGUAGCUUAAAAGCCUCCAAACUUUGUUUCAAAAGAUCAAACCCUUAAAGUAAUUCAAUAUUAGAUAUCAUCAGAUACCUGCGAUUUAAAGACAAGUAAAGUACUUAUUUAAAAGCAAGGCAGCGUGAGAAUUAGACACUGUGUUUUGAGUA